CAUCAAUCAAUCAAUCAAUCAAUAAAAUUUUGUGUUCUUUCUAAAUAAUUCUAAAAGCACUCUUAAAGUCCGUUUAACUUUAAAUAAUUCAUGAUUUGAAAGGAAACAAAAUGGAAAGUAAACCAGUGAUACCGCUGGCUGUGCAACAGAGAACUCUCGCACCUAAAGGUAGUGGACAAAACAGCAAACUAAAUGCCGAACAAGAAGCCGGCGGUCGAUUAAAAGGUGUUCAAGUUGUAAAACCUAUCGUGUACGGCAAUGUCGCUUGGUAUUUGGGUGAAAAACGACAAGACGAUGGACAUACGCAUCAGUGGAAUGUGUAUUUAAAAGCUUAUGACCAUGAGGAUAUGUCGGUGUAUGUAAAACGAGUGCAUUUUAAAUUGCAUGAGAGCUAUGCUGAUCCAAAUCGUGUUUGUCAUGCCCCACCCUAUGCAGUGACGGAAACUGGAUGGGGCGAAUUCGAAGUUGUGAUCAAAAUUUUCUUCCAAGAUAGCAAUGAAAGACCUGUGACUAUUUAUCACUUCCUGAAGCUUUUUGACAGAGAAAAGGAUGGCAAUGUCAAAAUGACAACGGUGCCCGUAAAUUCAGAAUUUUAUGAUGAACUUGUGUUUUCUGACCCCACUGUCAAAAUGCACCGACUGCUAAGUCAUCCUAAAUUGAGUACUCCAGAACAACGGCAUAAUACUGAUUAUGAAGGAAAAAAAGUUCGAGAUUUGCAAAAAGUGUUAACAGUCAAGAAAAAAGUGAAACAAGAAAUUGCUGAACUUAAAGCUAGACUUGCAGAUGCUAAAGAAAAUAUUAUGAAACUAACUAAAAUCUAAUGUUUUAUCAUAAUCUUUUUGAUUGUUUUCAUUUGUUUAUUGAAAAGCAGCCAUUUUUUUGGAGAGUUAUUAUGUACGGAAUUUUAAAUUAUCAUUCAUCAGUAUUUUUUGAAAAUCAUUUUAAGGAUUUUUUCCACAUGCUCAUAGAUGUUAUCAAUUGAAUUUUAUUUACAUAUGCCUUUGCAGUUUCUUUUUCAAAUUUAAUUAAUUUGGAAUUCUAAACUCUCAUUCAUCAAUGUUUUUGGAAAAUAAGUUGUUGUUUUGUAUAUAGUUGGUUCCAGGGUUGGGUUUUUGCCGUCAAAAAGUGGUUUUUAAUGUGACAGUGGUAAAAACCGUGUUUUUACCUGUAAAAACGGUCAAAAACCUACUGUUUUCUUCUUUAAUUUAUGGCACAUAGUGGACGAUAUAUUAUUUUUACAUAAUUGCCUUUAUAAAUGAAUGUUGUAAAUGAUUGCUAUUGAUUUUGAAAUUAUAUAUAUGUAUUCUUAUAGAAGGAUAUACAUUUAUACAGGAUUUCCCAGGCUUUUUCAUGUCUCAUUUCUGUGUAAAAUAUUGAAAGCAAAAUUGAUAAGAAAAGUUUACUUUAUGAGGCUAUCUUUUUAUGUGUACAUGUGUUUCUGAAAGCAAGAUUUUAUGAAUUAAAGUAAUCAAUCUUGACAUUCUUCAGUAAUGUUUAUGCCAAACAAAAUGAUGCUUGGAAAUGUUGAAAAUUUUGUUUAGUAUCCAAAUAUUUUACUUCAAAUAGUAUGUUUUGAUAUAAUCAUGUUGGGAAAAUGCAAGAAUCUGUUCUUAUAUAUCUUUUAAGAACUUUUUUUUUCUAAUUUUAUUGCCCAAAAAUGAAUUAAUUUUAAAUUAUAAGCAGUUAAACUCAAAUAAAAAUACAGUUUUACCAAAACUAUGGGUAUUGACCUUUUUGACACAGGGUUUUUUGACAUGACGGUAAAAACUGUCAUGUGUCAAAAACUUGCCAACUCUGGUUGAUUCAUAUCAUCAUAAAGUCAUCAUUUGCAUUCCAUUAAAGCCAUUUCAGUUUUUUCUUUUGAUUUUGAAAGAAUGAUUGAAAAAUAUAUUUUAUAUUUUUCAUGGAAUUUUAAAGCUGCAUUACUUUUAUUUAUAUAUUCACUAUUAUAUAUACAUAUAUAUUUCACUUAAUUGCCUUCGUUUUUCAUAUUCUAUAUACUUCUAAUUUAGAAUAGUAAUGAUUUUAUUUUUAAAGUGUCAUUUUAUUCUUUCAGUUUUGAAACAGUAAUGGUUAAAAAUAUUUUUUCUUUCCCAGAGAUUUUAAACUUAAAUUCCUUAAUGUUCAUGUGAUUUUAUAUCUUAUUCAUAGCAUAAUAAAACUUAUUGCCCUCCUUUUUUUUUUGCAUGGACUCUUUUUUUUAAAAUUUAUUUAUAGUAAAUGUAGUUAUUAAACAUUUAAUGUUUUGAAAAGUGUCAGUCCAUUAUCAUUUAUAAUAUUUCAAUCUGACACUUUUUAUCUUAGCCAUGGUUUUAUACCUAGAUAAUAUAUUCAUGUGAUCAUUAGUUAUUUGUGUUAUUAAAAACAUUUAGUUAUUUCUA